AUGAACUGCUUCGGCCUUCCCUCUGUCUCCGCUGACGUCGCCAUCGAGACUCUACAGCGAAACGUCUGGAACCAUCUAGGCUUCGACAUUAACAUCGCCCUAGCCAAAUGCCUCAACACCCUUGCCUACAUCGGUACAGGCUUCGCAGGUGGAAUACCCGCCUGGCUCGUAUCCGGUGCCAUCUCGGUCCCGCUCGUCGUACCAUCGACCUGUUGCCUUUUUCUGACAAUGUCCUGCGACCUAAUCUUGGUCUUGACGCAAUCGUUCCUGAAAGUCGCAUCCAAAGGCGCCUCUGGACAACCUUCAGCAUCAAAUCUCCGUGACGCUGCGAGAGUCUAUCGUCUCAACAAUUAUUCGCAACACGUCCAUCUCGCUAUCAAGAACUUGAUCCCCAAGCGGAAUGUCAAGGCUAGCUACGAGCAUGAGAAAAUACGACAGAGUGUGGAGGGGAUCGUGGAGGAGUAUAGGGAUAAGUUGAUGGAUGGGACGAAGGCGUUGCCGGAGAUUAGAAAGCUCGGGAUUCGUGGAGGAGGCGGGAGCGAAGAUGGCGAUGAUGAUAGCACGGAGGCGGGGUCGACGUUCUACGAUGAGCUGAAGGAGGCAAAUGCGAAGGCUGUUGAGCUUGAGGCCAGAGGGCCUAUGCCUGAGAUGCCGGCUGAGAGGGAGCCGGCGGAGCUGGAGACGAAGGAUGUUCCAAGAGUUGAACUCCCAGACACGGAGACAAGGAUACGAGUCAACGAUACGGACAAGCUGAUAGAACUGGAAGCUCGAGGCUCCAUGCCGCGAAUACACGAACUCGAAGGCUGA